AUGGCAGUAGUAGACCUCAACACGUGUAUCGUGUGCGGCAAGAAGUCGGAGUCACGCUGUCAGCCGUGCGGGAAGGCCGGCGUCGAGGUCUACUUCUGCGGAGCAGAACAUCAGCGAGCGAUCUGGCCGGUCCACAAGUUCUUCUGCGGGCCGAAGGCUUGCCCCCUCGUUUGGCCCGAUUUGACGACCGCAGAAGCGGACGCUGCGUGGAAGCAGCGAACGUGGUGUGACGACUCGAGCGAGGCGAUACACUACGAAGACCGCAUCCCGAUCACCUCGGCGUUCAAGCAGAUUAUCGGGAUUGAGGAGAACGAGUUGCAGAACGUUCUGCAGUCACUCACCGGCAAAGGCGAAGUGACGCCGACAGUCGCCGCCCGCCGACAAGCCCUCGUUAAAUAA